AUGUCACCACUCACAAGCACGCGUUCCGAACAAGUCUCGAGUCCAAAGGCAUCUCUGAUCAAGAAGAAGAAGCAGCAACAGCAACAACAACAACAGGGAAGUAACUCGGCUCCUGACACUCUAAAGCAAUAUCUGCAUAAAACAUUUCACAGUCAAUCUCAACAACGAGAACAAGCUUGUUCGUUUGAUCCCACGUCUCGUGCUUUUGAUUUGGUAUUCAAAUUGGAUGAAUCGGAUUUGCAGAAGAAACAAGAACAGGCUCCAAGUUUGUUCGCUAUGGACACUCCGAACCAUCUCUGUAAAGAAAUUUAUGUUCACAAAUUCUUUGUGAUGGCUCGAUCGAAUUAUUUAAGGCGCUUAUUGAAAGGAUAUCAACAUUUACAUGAGGAGAAUGCAAAUAUAUGUGAAGUCUUUGUUCAUUCAGAAAUGUUGGAAUGUCUUUCUUAUUACAUGAGUGCCUUGUAUGGAGACAGGUCCAGUCGACGUAAAUUUUUGUGUCAUUCUCACAUGCUUGCUUGGCACGAUCAAGCCAUGCAAAUUAUCGAACAGGACAAUUUGAGAACAGAGUGUGACAGUAAUAUUGACCAAGAUUUUUUACCUUGUUUGCACAGAAUUUACAAUGCAGUGACUACCUUCAACGAGAUUCGAAUGGAUGAUCAUCACGACGGCAGUGAAAAAUACGUGAAAAAUAAUAAUAGCUUUGAUUUGACCAUUCAAUUGUAUAAUCCAUAUUGUGAAGAAGAGUUGAUGAAAGAAUACCGAGUUCACAAAUUAUUCCUAUUUCGAUCUCCAUUCAUGAGAACAAUCAUGCAAAGUGGAAUGCAAGAAACUCAAUCCAGUGUUGUGAAAUUUCACACAAUUUCUGUGGAAGGUUUUCAUCAUGUGUUGCAAUAUCUCUACACCAAUCACAGCAAAAUUCCGAGAGAGCACGUGGUUGAGAUUUUCGUCUUUGCACAAUUAAUGGAAUUAUCCGACUUGUCAUCCAUUUGUAUCAGAAUUUUGGAUCAAAUGAUUGAUAAGGACAAUGUCUAUGAUGUUUUAAGUCUUGAAGAAUUGACAGCCAUUCCAUCCAUUCUUGAUAAAUGUGCUCAUGUCUUGACAGAACACAUCGAUCAAAUCAAUGCCAUUCAAUUAGCUUCCACUCUCCCAAAAUUUGAAUUAUUACUCAUGCCCAAAGUCAUUCAAAAAAUUGCCUUCUGUUUGGCCAAUGAAUACGAAUCCAUUCCUAAGGACGUGUAUAGCAAAUUAUCGGUGGAUAUUCGAAUCAAAGUUCAAGACAUUCGAAAAAAGCAGUUAUUGAAAAAGAGAUAA